ACCAAGCAAAGAGCCGGGUUACCGAGAGAGAGAGAGAGGAGGAAAGAGAGAGAGAGAUAGGCAAAGAGAGUGAGAGAAUACAGAGAGAGAGAGAGAAAGAGAAAGAGAGGGGAUAGAAAGAGCAUUGUGUUGCUGCUGAGAGGGAGCCCAUGUCUGCACAAAGAGAGAUGAAAGAGAAGAACCCCUGGCACACGCCCGCGACCAUCAUCAUCACUGUGAUCUUCGUCAUAGCAAUCGUUGCCUUGGUAACAGUAGCGGUGUUGCAGAACAAACCCCUCCCCCCGAAGUACAAGUAUGGGAUUGUGCUGGACGCUGGCUCCUCCCACACAGCUCUGUAUAUCUAUGAGUGGCCAGCAGAGAAGGAUAACAACACCGGCAGAGUUGAGCAGACACACUCCUGCAAAGUUAAAGGCCCAGGUAUCUCCAGCUAUGCUUCCAGUCCAUUGAAGGCAGGGGAGUCUCUGAAGGUCUGUCUGCAGGAGGCUGAGCAAUGGGUCCCCAACAAGAGACACCAAGAAACCCCCCUCUACCUGGGGGCUACUGCAGGAAUGAGACUGCUCAAUAUGGAGAACAGCUUGGCGUCAGAUCAAGUCUUUCAGGCUGUAGCAGCAACCCUGCAGAAGUCCCCCUUCUCCUUUCAGGGAGCAAGAAUCCUCAGCGGACAGGAGGAGGGCGCUUAUGGCUGGGUCACCGUCAACUACUUGGACGACCGCCUUACACAGGGCUUGGAAACCACAGGUGCUCUGGACCUGGGUGGGGCCUCCACUCAGAUUAGCUUUGUAUCCAGCAGUUACGACGGCUCAGAGUCACCCAGCAACUCGGUGAGCUUUCGGCUCUACGGCAACAACUACAACCUGUACACUCACAGCUUCUUGUGUUACGGCAAAGACCAAGUGCUGCGGCUGGCGCUGGCCCAUCUGUCUCAGUCAGGUCAAAGCACAGUAGAGGAUCCUUGUUUCCACCCCAACUUCACAGAAUCGAAGAACUACUCCGUCCUCUACGACAGCCCCUGCGUUUCAGACAGGAAACCCCACGGAGCUCCUGUGGCUUUCACUCACAAGGGGACAGGGAACUUCUCACUCUGUCAGCAAGUGCUCAAAAACGUCUUCAAUUUCUCCCACUGCCCAUACAGCCAAUGCUCUUUCAAUGGGGUCUUCCAACCAGAUUUACAGGGGACCUUUGGGGCCUUCUCUGCCUACUACUUUGUGAUGAACUUCCUCAAUCUAACUGAUACCGCCAUCCCUCUGGAAACUGUAAAGGAAAAGCUUGCGACCUACUGCUCUACCCCUUGGCCUCAGAUAACGCAGCAGCAUAAGGACGUUAAGCUCAAGUAUCUGGCUGAGUACUGUUUCUCUGGCACGUACAUCCUCACCCUGCUGACAGAAGGAUACAACUUCAACUCAGACAGCUACUCAAAUAUAAGAUUCAUCAAGAAGAUAAAAGGCAGUGACGCAGGCUGGACGCUGGGCUAUAUGCUGAAUCUGACCAACAUGAUUCCAGCCGAGGCUCCCGACACCCCCCCUCUGCCCUAUGCCGGCUACGUCUCCAUCGUCACCAUCAUCGCCCUAGUGCUUGUCAUCAUCUUUGCUCUUUGCCUGUACCGUUUCUGGCCCCGCUGCCCCAAGCAACCACAGAUCAUAUAAACACAUUCCAAUGAACGGACGUCAUGUGAUCACGAGGGAGGGAAUAUAUGUGUGUGUGUGUGUGUGUGUGUGUGUGUGGGUGUGUGAAUCUUUGGGCAAAUUGAAUCAGAGGCAACUGGACUUGGAAAACGUUUCACCUCUUAUCCAAGGGGCUUCAUCAGUUUGUAUGCAUCAGUCUUUCUGGUCCGCACUAGUCUGACCAAGACAGUGGAGUAAGGUCCAGGUAUUUAACCUCUGUGGGAGUGUUUACCAAAAAUGCCUGUGGGUGUGUUCAUGAAGGCACUAGUUUCACUUGGCCAUUGACCUUUCUUAUUGUGGCCAGUCAAGGGCUCCAUCUUGUUGUAGUUUUUGGAGGCAUUCUAUGACCUUUCUUUUGUAGCCACUGGAAGGAUCUCGUUUCAGCAUUUCAUAGGUGCUAGUGUCACUGAGUAGUGUGGAGACUUUGGAGUGGUAGUCACCUGUGUUUAGAAUUACUGUGCAUCGCCCUUUGUCAGCUGGAAGGAUAGUGAUGUUUUUAUCCUUUCUCAGAGAUACCACGGCUCUUCUUUCUCGAAUGGUAAGGGUCGAAGGUGGACCUUCUUCUCAGCCCUUUAGAUAAGACCUCCUUCUCAGGAGGUCUUAUCUCCUUCUCAGGAGGUCUUAUCUAGAGGGCUGAAUUUUGCUCUUACACCGGAACAUGUUCCUAUAGUUGAACUCAUUACAGCCACAGAAUCAGCUAUAAGGAAAAACAACUUAAGCGAAACCGAAGCUGAACAGCUUAGGUUUAAGGUGUCAGCAACCCUGUCCAGUGCUAAGUCUCCACCUACGUCUCUACCCACAAGACACCAUUCCAGGCUUAUAUGGACUCCCCAAAGUCCAUAAAGAAGGGGUCCCACUCAGACUCAUUGUGAGCAGCAUAAACUCUGUAACCUACAAUAUUGCUAAGCAUGUAGCCAACAUCUUGGCCCCUCUGGUUGGUAACACACCACACCACAUCCAAAACUCUUUGGACUUUGUGAAAAAAGUCAAAGGCUUAAAAAUAGAACAGGAUGAAACUAUGGUUUCGUACGAUUUGACCUCCUUAUUCACUUGCAUUCCAACCAUGGAGGCAGUGGAAACUGUGAGACAUCACUUAGAACAAGAUAACACCUUACAAGACAGAACAAACCUCAAUCCAGACCAGAUCUGCCAGUUACUGGAUUUGUGCCUCAACACUUCAUAUUUCCAGUUUAAUGGUAAAUUUUACAGGCAAAAGCAUGGCUGUGCUAUGGGCUCACCCGUAUCCCCCAUUGUAGCCAAUUUAUAUAUGGAAUUGGUAGAACACAAGGCCCUAAACUCAUACAAAGGAAUGCCUCCAAGCCAUUGGUUCAGGUAUGUGGAUGACAUGUGGUAGAAGAACACGAACAUCUAAGGGGAGCCCUGAAAACUUGUGGCUAUCCGAGUUGGACUUUUGGCAAAACACGCUACAAAAAGAAUACCAACACUGAGGAUGCUGAGAAAAUGAAAGACAAACACAAAAACAUUGUGAUUCCAUAUGUGUCUGGGGUUUCAGAGAAACUCAGGAGGAUUUUAACAAACAUCAAAUCCCUGUAUGUUUCAAACCCGGUAACACUCAGGCAGAAACUGGUUCACCCUAAAGACAGGGUAUCACACAAUCAGAAGAGCAAUCUGAUAUAUGCUGUCCAAUGCAGUGAGGAAUGCAAGGACUUAUACAUUGGCAAAACAAAACAACCAUAGAACAAGCGCAUGGCUCAACACAGAAGGGCGAACUCCUCAGGUCCAGUCUCAGCUGUCUAUUCACAUCUAAAGGAAAAGGCACACUCCUUUGAUUUUGGACAGCGAGGACAAAUGGUUUGAGAGAGGAGUAAAAGAAGCCAUCUAUGGAAGUGGAAAAACCAUCCCUCAACAGGGGAGGGGGUCUGCGGCACCACCUAUCUCCAAUUUAUAAUGUUGCCCUUUCAUCGAUACCCAGGAGGUUCAACAAAUUAACCUCCGACGACGCUCAGCGAUUCACCAGGGUUUCACCUGACUCCGACGACAGUCCUUCACCAGACCACAACAAUGGUCAAGUGAAACCAGCACCUAACGACUGUCGUCAACACGAGACCACAAACAAUGGUCAAGUAAAACCAGUGCCUUCAUGAACACACCCACAGAGGUUAAAUACCUGGACCUUACUCCACUGUCUUGGUCAGACUGGUGUGGACUAGAAAGACCAAUGCGUACGAAAUGAUGAAGCCCCUUGGGUAAGAGGCGAAACGUCUUCGUAAGACAAAUACAAGUCCAGUUGCCUACGAUUCAAUUUGCCCAAAGAGAACGAUGACCUGGAUGAAUGAGAAUAUCCAUAGACGUGUAUGUGAAUGUGGUGUAAUCUACUCUACUGAUCCCUGAAAAACCAAUUUACCCUCUCACUUCCUAGCCUCUAGAUGGAGGUCAAAGGUCAGGGUCAGCUGUCAAACAGCGUCCAUGCAGCUGGUGGGGAUUUUAUGUCUUGCUCAAGGACACUUCAGAAGGACGGAUGCUUGCGGGCACGAGGGAUUGAACCCUGGUUAUCCAGUUAAAGGACAAUUUCCCUAUUCACUAUGCCACCCUGCUGUGUGUGAGUGUGUACGUGUGUGUGCAUGUUUGAGCCUAAGCGUGUUUGAGUGUGUGCCCACAUGUGUCAGCAUGUGUCUUGAAA